UUAAAUUAUAAAUAUUCAACUAAAGAUGUUUGAACUUAUUUGGAACAUCAACUUGUUGCUAGCCUGGCUAAUUGGACUCUACACAUUUGUACAUUCUGUCUGAAUGUUGGCCAAGUGUCUUAUAAGGAACUAUUUGAGACAGCCCCUCGAUCUGGCGAAGAGGUAUGGUAAAGGAUCUUGGGCUAUUGUUACAGGCUCGACUGGUGGCAUUGGAGCAGAGUAUUGUAAGCAGCUGGCUAAGCAGGGGUUUAAUCUUGUGCUAUUUGGGAGAAACAAAGAUAAGCUUGAGGAGCUUGAUGCAAAGUUGAAGAAAGACAAUUCACAGCUACAAACUCAGAUAGUGGUUGCUGAUUUUGCAGAAGAUAACUCUGCAAAGUUUUACGAACAUUUGUAUAGAAAGAUUCAAAAACUAGACAUUUCAAUAUUGAUCAAUAAUGCUGGUGCAGUAAUCCCUGAAUUUUUUGAAAAUUGCAAGCUUGAAAGCGCCAUUUCCUGUUCAAACAUUAACAUGGCUGGCCCAGCAAUGCUCACCAGAAUGUUCAUCAACGACUUCUUGAAGAGGACUUCCAGAACCGCAAUUAUCAAUGUAUCUUCGUUGAUUAGAGUUGUGCCUUCUCCAUAUAUAAAAGAAUAUUCUGCUACUAAACAGUUUUUGACGUUGUUUUCAUACUAUUUGCAGGAUAACUAUGGUGACAAGAUCGACAUUCAAGACUUGAAUCCAGCAGUAGUAACUACAAAUUUGAGCAAUCACCAGACCGGGCCAGACACCAUCACUCCUGAGCAUUGUGUAACAAGCAGCUUGAGAGAUCUUGGGCAGGAAUUCUGCACAGUCCCUGCUAUGAUUCACAGCUUCAUUGGCCAAAUGUUGUUCGUGAUGAACAAGUUCAUGAAGCCACUGUACAGAGCCACCUUCGUCAAUGAUUAUGAAAUGAAGAUCUUGAGAGCCUUCUACGAACAACAUAGAAAUAAAAAAUAAGGUAGAUAUUUGGAUGCAAUCUU